GACAACAAUGGAAAAACAAAGCCAAGUUGUGGUGUUUGGGAUAUGGGGCAGCUCCUACUGCAAGAGAGUUGAGAUAGCCCUUGCACUCAAGGGCAUACCUUAUGAGUAUGUAGAGGAAGAUUUGGCAAAUAAGAGUGAGUCACUUCUGCACUACAAUCCUGUUCACAAGAAAGUACCUGUCCUUGUUCACAAUGGAAAAUCCAUUGCCGAGUCACUUGUUAUUCUCGAGUACAUCGAUGAUUGCUGGAAACAUGGACCAAAACUACUGCCAGAGGAUCCUUACCUAAGGGCCAAACUUCGCUUUUGGGCCAACUUCUAUGAUCAGAAGUUGAAGGCAAGUGCCACACAGAUCAUGAUGUCAAGAGGCGAAGAGAGGGAACGAGCAAUCAAAGAUUUCGGCGAGGUGCUUAAGGUGUUUGAGGAUGGUGUCAAAAAGGAUUUACCUGCAGAAUUUCCUUGUUUUGACGGUAAGAACUUGGGAUUUCUCGAUAUUGUUGUGGGUUCGAGUGCUUGCAACUACGAAGCUUCUCAUGAAGUGGCAGGAGUGAUUUUUAGCCCUGAAACGAACCCAACAUUUUGGUCGUGGGUAACUGCUCUAAAGAACCACCCAUUGAUGAAACGGAUGCUCCCACCUCAUGAUAAGCUGGUCGCCAAGAUGAGACAAAAGUAUUUCCAGUCUGCUUGA